ACCUACAGACCCGGGAAAGGGGCGUGGCGGAGGUGUCUUCCAAAGCGCCUGCGCAGAGAGUUGGUUUCCUGGGUAUCGUUUGUAGAACUGCGGGAAGACCCGCCCAGCGCCCGGUGUGCGCAGGCGCACACCGCCUUGUAGGAGCUCGGUCUUGUAGGAUCUCGGUCUUGUAGGAGGGCCGGUUCCCGAGCGGGUCUCGGGGCGGGGCCGGGGGCGCGGCUAAAUGCGGAGGGAGGGUUCGCCUGUCACUCACAGCUCGCUGCUGUUCUGCUGCCACCAAGUUCUCUGAACGGCGAAGGUCAUGCUGCCCAACACCGGGAAGCUAGCGGGAUGCACAGUUUUUAUCACGGGUGCAAGCCGAGGCAUUGGCAAGGCUAUUGCAUUGAAAGCAGCAAAGGAUGGAGCAAAUAUUGUCAUUGCUGCGAAGACCACUCAAAGACACCCGAAACUCCUUGGCACAAUCUACACGGCUGCUGAAGAAAUUGAAGCAGCUGGAGGGAAGGCCUUGCCAUGUGUUGUUGACGUGAGAGAUGAACAGCAAAUCAACAGUGCAGUGGAGAAAGCUGUGGAGAGAUUCGGAGGAAUUGAUAUUUUGGUGAACAAUGCCAGUGCUAUUAGCUUGACCAACACAUUGGAAACUCCGACGAAGAGAGUGGACUUGAUGAUGAACGUAAACACCAGGGGCACCUACCUUACAUCCAAAGCAUGUAUUCCUUUUUUAAAAAAGAGCAAAGUAGCUCAUAUUCUCAAUCUCAGCCCACCCUUGAACCUAAAUCCACUGUGGUUCAAACAGCACUGUGCUUAUACCAUUGCCAAAUAUGGCAUGUCUAUGUGUGUGCUUGGAAUGGCAGAAGAAUUUAGAGGUGAAAUUGCAGUCAAUGCCUUAUGGCCUAGAACAGCCAUACACACUGCUGCUAUGGAUAUGCUGGGAGGAUCUGGUGUUGAAAGCCAAUGUAGAAAAGUUGACAUCAUUGCAGACGCUGCAUAUUCCAUUUUCAAAAGGCCAAAAAGCUUUACUGGAAACUUUAUUAUUGAUGAAAAUAUCUUAAAAGAAGAAGGAAUAAAAAAUUUUGAUAUCUACGCAAUUACACCAGGUCAUCCCUUGUUACCAGAUUUCUUCUUAGAUGAACAACCAGAUGCAGUUAUGGAGGAAAAAACAUCAAAUGACCCUGUGCCAGAAGUGAAAGAAGAGAAGCUGCAGCUGCAGGAGCAGCCUCAGCAGCAGGAGCAGCCUCAGCAGCAGGAGCAGCCUCAGCAGCAGGAGCAGCCUCAGCAGCAGGAGCAGCCUCAGCUGCAGGAGCAGCCUCAGCUGCAGGAGCAGCUACAGCAGCAGGAGCAGCCUCAGCUGCAGGAGCAGCUACAGCAGCAGACACAGCAGCAGGAGCAGCCUCGGCUUCAGGAGCAGCCACAACAGCGGACACAGCAGCGGACACAGCAGCGGACACAGCCACAGCCGCUCGUGCAGUCAAUGCUACCACCAAAAGCACACUUUGGAGCUGUGGAAGAAACCUUUAGAAUUGUUAAGGACUCUCUGAGUGAUGAGGUUGUUCGAGCCACACAAGCUGUCUAUCAGUUUGAACUUUCAGGUGAAGAUGGUGGUACCUGGUUCCUUGAUCUGAAGAGUCGAGGCGGGAAGGUUGGGCACGGAGAGCCCUCUGACCGGGCAGACGUGGUGAUGAGCAUGGCCACUGAGGAUUUUGUCAAAAUGUUUUCAGGUAAAUUAAAGCCAACCAUGGCAUUUAUGUCAGGAAAGUUGAAGAUUAAAGGAAACUUGGCCCUAGCAAUCAAAUUGGAGAAGCUAAUGACCCACAUGAAUUCCAGACUGUGAAGGACAGGAAGUACCAAUGUUGACUCUUCUCCUCAGAAGUAAAAAGCUUAGCAGUUAGAAAUCUGUUGCCUCCCCCACUGUCUUAUAAGGACAUAUACAUUUGUUCUGGAAAAAAAAGUAGAAUUUCUGUAUCUAUAAGACUUGAAAUUGUAACUAAAACAACUAACCAAUCAAGUACAAGUUUAAUUAAGUGACAUCCUAAUAUAUUGUGGUUUUUCCCCAAUUUCCCCCUCUAUGCCUUUAUUUCAUUCAUUACCUUCUUGCAAAAAGUAUGUAUCAUGAACAACCAAUUGGUAUCAAGCAAUAAAAUUAGCUGUUUACAAAACUUCUUAUGUAAAAAUAAAGCUACUUUAUCUCCACAAAUACAUUUGGGUGAGAGUUGGGUGAGGGACUGCAGUAUCAUUUCUUUCUGUAGCCCUGACUGGCUUGGAACUCACUCACCCUGUAGACCAGGCUGGCCUUGAACUCACAGAGGUCUGCCUGCCUCUGCCUCCUGAGUGCUUGGAUUGAAGAUUUGCCCUACCACUACUGGCCUGUUUUUUUUUUUUUUAAGGACUUUUGUUUUGCCUGGCAGUGUUUUAUAGACUUUUAUAGACUUCAGUGCAUAAUACCUGCAAGCAGAAUUUUGUUUAACUUACAAGCAUUUUAUAUUAUUGAUACUAUUCUUGAUAUCUUAAAAUUUUUAGCUUUUCCUUUUUUUUUUUUUCCAAAUGAGUUAACCCAACUGGCCUUAAACUCAGGUCAGUCCUCCUGCCUCAGCUUUCUUAGUGCUAUUAUUAUAGAUAUGAGAUACAAUGCCUGGCUUUAUUGAGUUUUCAAGUGCUAACAUACAAAAAUAUAAUUAAUGUGAGUAUGCCUUAUGCCCUGAAGUAGUUAUACCUACUUAUUACCUUUAGCAGCUUCUGAAAAAACAGAUUCUUUAAAUCAUGUUAUCUUCAAAUAAAGGUGAAUUUAUCUCUUUUUUCCA